AUGGCCCGGAGGUCCAAGGAAGAAGAAAAUAGGAGAAUUGCGCAGGGCAAGACCCCUAUGGAAGUGACGGAAGCUCCGACGGGCCCGAGCAGAGAUAGGGAGGAGCUGAUGAUCAUCGAGGAGGCUCCAAGUAAACUAGAAGCCGGUAAAACGGCGAAUCUCAACCACGCCCGCCAGGCGCAGGAUAUCUUCCUGCAUAGCUUGGCGGAGCGUGGUUGUGGACUAGGCAUCGUCGCCGAACCAUACCGUGUCCCCAAGAGCCCGUGUUGGGCAGAAAGCACGGAUGGGACGGCGGCGAUUACAUGGAGAAGAACCGGGGAACGAAGUCUCCCUGGGAAGAAACUCAAGGCUGGAGAAGGUUGGGUCGCGGUGGAAUGGGGCCCACUGGUGAUUAUAGGGGUCUACCUUAGACCUAGCCUCUCCAGAAUAGAGUUGGAGGGACGCCUCCAAGAGUUGGAGGAUCUAGUCCGGGAAUUCCUUCCCGGACUGGUAUUGGUCGCCGGGGACUUCAAUGCCAAAUCGGCAAUGUGGGGUUCCCGGCGGCCGGAUGCCAAAGGAAGAGAGGUGGAGGCCUGGGCGGAUCGCCUGGGCCUUCAUCUCGAGAACGUGGGUACGGUUAGCACCUGCGUACGACCGCAGGGGGAGUCCAUCGUGGACUUGACUUGGUCAUCCCCUGCGGCCGCGAGGAUGGUAGCUUCAUGGAAGGUGGUGGAGGACUUGGAGCUCCUCUCGGACCACCUCCCUAUAGAGGUGGUUCUCUCUAGACCGGGAGGCAGAGGGGAGACUCCGAGCCCAUACACGAAGUGGGCGAUAAAAAAGCUAAACCCGGAUGGGCUUGUGGAGUCGUUGGUGGCGGCUACGUGGGCCCAGCCGGAGCCACUGCCAACGAUAGCGGAGGAGAUACAGUGGCUGCGGAAUACCAUGCGGGCGGCCUGCGACAAUGCGAUGCCUCGGGCCAGGUUCACGCCGCGAAAAGCGGCCUACUGGUGGUCCGAAAGCAUCGCGGAAUUGAGGCGACUUUCGGUGGCUGCCAGACGGGCCGUACAGCGGGCGAGGAGAAGAGCCCACACGACCCGGGAGGCCAUGGAGGAGCUCCUGGAAGCCUACCGCGAAAGGAGAAAGAACCUAAAGGUGGCG